GCUUCGCAGCAGCUCACGUCGGGAUGUCGAUGAAUCGCGUGGCGCGCCCUUCUAGGGUGCGAAAUUUUCGUAUCUCGCAGUACAAUUGAUCGGACCGGUUGGCUGCUGGUUUAACUCGGGCGUGGAGAAUUUUACUGGAGCAUCCACACACUCUCCACACACUCUCCACUAUCACUCCCUUCCUCUCUACUUCCUCUUAACUUUUUUAUCAUCUUCUCUCCACUACUACUCUCCUACUACUACUACUACUGCUACUGUUACUACUACUUAAAUUCCAUUCCUAUUUCUCUCAUUUCCAGCCUUUAAUCCCAACAUGCACAGAUAAAAGUAAAUACGGACAAAAAUUUCUACUAUUGUUUACGCUGUCGUUAAUUCAACAAGUAACCCGGUCGUAUUGUUAUUGAAUUUACCGGGUAAUAAAAGUUGAAAAAAAAAAAAUAGUAAAUGUAUAAAAGCAACACAAGGGAAGGAAAGUAUAAAGCGAAAGUAUUUUGGGGGUGUUGAGCUGCUGGAGAGUGGAGAUGCUGGAUGGUCACGGUAGAUGUACAUCAUACAUGUACACAUUCUUAGUCACUGUCACGCUCUAGUGUCACGUAUUCCAGACACGUUUAACGUCAAGUGUGUAUGUAUACUUUGUCUAGUGAUACUGGAUGUGAUAGUAAGAAUAGUGGGUGCUGGUUGUAGUGGUAUCAGUUGUUGUAGUUGUGUACUACGCUACUUUUACUACCGUUGAAUCACUGGGGGUGCACAUGAGGGGUGGCUAGUUCGUUCUACGUCCUGCAUCCGACUGUGCAUCUACCGCGUGUGUACAUUUUUUUUAAAAACGUCUCACAACACUAUAAGUUGUCUUAGGAUAAACAUGUACUUUUAUAAAUCUGAUGAUAUAUACAAAUAUAUACAAAAUAUAUAUUUUUUAAAUUUAAAUAUUGUGAUCACUGAAUAAUUGCUUAUAGUUUUUAUACAUUUGUGUAUUUGAAUACUCAAGGCGGGGGUGGUUUUAUGGAGACUGACUGGCCUAUUCUGGAGCUUGUACAAGUAGUGAAAUAUUGGUGGCGCGGAGACCAUUUCGGAGGGUCAGAAAUCCCCAUGAGGAUGCAGACAAUCUUAGGGUCUUUCCCGCUUAAUAUUGUCGUAGAAUGUUGCUUUGGUAUUACGCAAAACCUUAAAUUAAUGGCAAUGAAACUACGACAAAUGCAAUUUGAAAUUUCAUGAGUACAAGUCACUUAAACGAAGCUUCAAUUAAUUCCCAAAUUACAUUUUAUAUGUCAACUGACUGACAUAUUUUAUGUCACUGAAAGUUUACAGACUUUGCAUAAAACUUUUAGCUGAAAAAAUAACAAAAGGCAAAAAAUAGAACCCAUGUGUCUUGAAUAAUCCAUCAUUCAAAACCAAUUUUUUAUCUUUUCACGUACCUGCUUGCAAGUGAAGACUCGCAGGGGAUAUGUGCUCUUUAGAAUUCCGCGAACGCCUCGUGACAGACCGGUGAGGGAGAAUAUAUAUAUAUAAAAAAAAAGUAGGGAGCGAAUAAAAAUAAAGACAAAGAAAAGAAAAAAGACAAAGGACUUAAUAACUCGAGGGUUGAAAGAGAUAAGAAAAAUCAUGGGAGAAAGUUCACCUGAUCUAAGUCUUCGACUUCGUCGAGGAAGUUCCGAUUCACGGGAUUCAUUUUAUAUGGACUUUGCACAGGGCAUAGAUUCAGAUAUUGAAGAAGUAACAAGACCGAGGGAAGAUCAAUUAGAUGAAAAUCGAUUAGAUGAAAACGAUGAAAUGCCGGAAAAUUUUCCGCCAUUGGACGAUAUUUGCACGACGAUACCUGAGGAAGCAUCUGAAGAAUUACGAGAAGAAGAAGAAGAAGAAGCAGCGGCAGCGGCAGCAGCAGCAGCCGCCCUAGAGGCCGCGAGGGAAACUUCCGACUCGUCAGUAAUUUCCGGUGAUGUUACUGGGAAAAUUAAAAAAAAACAAAAAAACAAAAACGAUUGGCCGGGACUUCCGGCGGCAUUACCAUCACCGGCAUCACCCUCAGCAGUAAUAGUAUCACCGGAAACACUAUCAAGAAAUAGCAGUAGUUCACCGUCCCGUACGCAUCAUGCAGUUGGAGGAUUUGCAUUGGCAUUACCCUGCCCACCGCGACCGAUUCCAGCUGUCUGCUAUCCAGCCCCGACCUUCAUCGAGGUCACCGAUGAUGCAAACAAUAAGCACCUGGGAGCAUAUGCAUUAGCAACAACACUAAGUGCUCUGUACGGUAAAUUGUUAGUAGUAAUGGGCAUCGCAUUCCCAAUGUCCGAAGUGAUAUCGUCAUAUAUACCGCCUUCAUUUUACGAGGGUUUCUAUCUGUAUCUAUAUUUUGGCAGUAUGCUUUUCUUGCUCUGUAUGCACUCACUUAUGCUGAUCGAUGGUAAACCAAAGCAAAAAAAUGAUACCAAAGAAAUAAGUGAUUUAGAUUCAUCUAGAUCCUCAAGUGGUGCUGCGGACAGUGAUUCGCCAAAUAAUGGAUACACGAAUCCAAGUGGAUUAAAAUUAAAUCAACACUACGGAAGUUUUUAUUUACGUAUGGGAGCUGUUGCUUUUGGAAUCGGCUCAAUGAUAUACUCGGGAUUAGAAUUCGGACAGUAUUUUGAGCUCGAACGCAACACAAAAUGUCACAAUAUUAUGCUAGCACUCACCCCAGCGACGCGUAUGGCUUUUAUAUUUAUACAAAUGUACUUCAUUUUCUUAAACAAUCAGCAAAUGAAAGUUUCUUCACAUCGACUACUCGCACGCUUCGGACUCAUGCACAUGAUCGGUACUAAUUUAUCGGUAUGGCUUAAUGUCCUUGUACAGGAGACUAAGCAUGAAAUACUUACGUUUUAUAAUCCGGAAAAUAAUUCAUUGAAAAUUUCUCAUCGGCUUGGAGCAAAAGGAAUCCAUCUUGGCGGACAUACGCAUACACAUCACGGCGAGCUUGCUCGAGUAACACGAGGAUUAAAAGGCCCGCAUCACAUGUUCGAAUGCCGUCGAACAAAUAUAAUGGGUUCACUUGUCCAAGACGCAAGUCCAUUUUUAUUUCCCUGUACUAUCGAGUAUAGUUUAAUAUGCGCAGCUAUUUUAUACGUUAUGUGGAAAAAUAUUGCCAAAACAAGACCAACUAAUAAUUUAACAACCGGAAUUCCCGGUGCGAAUCAUCAUGCUCACGCUUACAGAUCACCGCAUUACUACAGCGUGGACUGUGCCCGUGCUCACAAAGGACUCUUCGUAGGAAUUUUGAUCCUCGUCCUAACAAUAAUCUCCCUGAUUCUAUUUUUCGUUCUAAUCUCGCGCUCAGAACUCGUUAGUUUCGCCGUUACCGAAGUUAACGUCUGUGAACUAACUCUCUACGGGAUGUCAACAGUUGCAACUUUAAUUGGUAUGAUACAAAUGCGUAGAUUGCGUUACGACGGUAACCGUAAUCUAGAACUAGACAAUAUCCUUCUGAUAGCUGCCCAAACUGGAAUGUUUAUCUACUCAACGUUCACAAUAAUCAGCGGUUACUUUACCCUCGAGCGCAAUACUAUUCUAGUUUUAGUAACGGCAUUGGCCAGCGUUAUACAGACAACAUUUCAAACAAUUUUUAUUCUCGACGCGUCGCGACGUUCGGUCUCAACACCCGAACAAAUAAGACGUAAACCCGGACGCGAAAUAGUUACAUUUUUACUUGUAACAAAUUUAGCGAUGUGGGCAAUAAAUACAUUAGAAAAAUCACGAGCAGAAUCACAUCCAGUACAAUUGCACUUUUACGGUCUAUGGGCAUGGACAAUUAUCACACAUGUGUCAAUGCCGUUAGCGAUAUUUUAUCGGUUUCAUAGCACCGUUUGUUUGUGUGAAGUAUGGAAGAGAGCUUAUAAAGUAAAACCUACAUAUAUGUGACGUAAAAAGAUAACCAAGGGGACCAUGACCAGCGUUGUUACACAAGAGUGUUUUGAUUCUUGUCAAUUACACGGUAAUAUUACGCGUCUUGAUUCUAUUAAUGAAAAUGACCCGACUUAUUUUAUGUGAUUGUGAUUUUACUCGUAAUUUAUUUAUUAACGAGUCCUUUGUUUAUUUAUUUGACACUCAGGAAGCAAUAAAUUAUUUAUUAUUAUUAUUGAUAUUAUUAAUAUUAUUCGUAUAUUUUUGUUUGGCUGUAAAUUAAUGAGGUUAAAAAAACGAGUAUUUAAAUUUAUAAACCUAGACAUUUUUAAAAAUGUCAAAUGCUUAUUUAUUGUAUGCAGAUGACUAGAUAUACGCGGUAGGUUUUUAUUAAGUCAGCACUUUGCUCAUCAAGCUCUAUUUACUGGGGAGAUAUAUAAAUAUAUUUAAACUGGUAGAGACCAGUUGACACGUGUAGACAUUUUUUUCCCUUGUACUGACGAUCGUGUAUGGAUGAAUGUGAAUAUUUAAGGAGUAAUAUUAUAAAAUGUAGUCUGAAUACUUUCCCGUGUUAAUAUAUAUAUUUGUAUUAAUGGAUAAUACAGGGAUUGAUGAGGUUAACUGUUUAGAAGUAGAUUUUCAUAUCAUGUAAAAGAUAAAAGACCAACAUUGGGAACAAUUUUUUUAUUCCUUUAGUUUUUUUUUAUUUAAGUAAAGACUGAAUUUCUAACCCGAUGUUUUGCGAAUUUCGUUGUAUAAAUAUGAGUUAGGAAAAGUUGUGGAUAAUUUAAAUUUUUUAUAAAUUUCUAAUGUUUAAGUAUCGGAAAUUUUCUUUUGUAUCGAAAAUUUAUUUUUGUAAAAUUAUUCGUCGGUCAUUUUUAAUCAGGUAAAAAAAAUUUGACUUGGAGAGUACAGUCUUAUUUUAUUUUGGAAUUUUUUAAAGCUCGUUGUUUUGACUUCCCAAGUAGCACACUUGUCUUUGAGACAUCUAUAAGAUAUCAGUUUUUAGGCAACUUUUUGACAUAUCGAUAAGGCACCAAUAUGUUGACAAAACGAUCAGAAAUUUAUGUCACCGAAAAAAUAUCUAUUUAAAAGACUUAACACCAGUGACGACAAAAAGUUAAUUACAAAUAGUGGUAAAAUAAGUCAUCAAUGACUUUAUAAUUGAAGUUAGACAGGAAAAAUAAAACAACUCGUCUCUGUCUCCGGAACCAACAUUUGCAUGACGUAUUUAUACCAAAAAAGAUGACAGAGACAGAAAAAAUUUGUCUUAUCCUUUAAAAAAACAUCUUAAAAUUGACUCUGUGCUACUUGGGUUUAGUCAGUUUGGAAAUCAAAUAAUUAAGUUUUCAAAAAAAUUUUAAAUAAAGAUCGAACACUCGUAGAAAAAAAAUUUUUGAUAAAUAAAAUUUAAAUAAUUAAAUUAUUUUUUUAAACGAAAUAUUUUCAGACGAAAUUGAAAAUAAAAGUAACGAAGCGUACUUUACAUUCCAUUGACUUUUCAUCAAUAUCUCGUAAAAAAUACAUUCAUUUCGAAUAUCAAACAUUGAAAGAGAAACAUAAUAGUCUACGUCGCUCUUAAAUGACUUGAAUAAAAAAAAUCCUUUUCAUCGAUUCUACUAAAUAAAAAAAAAAUACAAGGCCGAGGUCUGCACCCUCCAAGCAUUAAUUGAAUUCUAUUUUGUCCAUUUAUAAAAAAUGACAAAAAAAUAAAAUUUUAUUGAAUCUAUUAUUUUUAUAUCAACAUCAAAUUUAUAACUUUCUCACAAAAAAAAAAUGUUACAUAAAUUUUUUAUAAAAAUUUAUCUACGAUUAAAAGUACACAGUAUUAGAUACGUAAUAAACUUAAAAUUUAUAUUUUAUAAAUUUUAAUCAAAUUUAUAUCACCAAUUUACACUGGUAUCAAUAAUUAGCACCAGUAAAAAAAAUAAAUAAAAAUAUUCUCUUAACCAUUUUUAAACAUCAAUACGUAAAAUAAAUUUUUUAAACGCUUCAUAAACAUUUAUAUCUAGAAGUUAAUUAAAAAUAUUUUUAUUAUUAAUCCUCACGUUGAGAAUCGAAUCAUACGAAAAUUUAAAAAUAUUUAAAAAAAAAAUACUGAAAUGUCAUCAGUCCUAAUUUAAAAAAAAAAAUUCGAUAAAAAAUUAAUUUUAAAAUCAAAAUAAAGAUGUACCUGAAGAUCGAAACGUUUUUCGCGCAACGAAAAUUAAAUAAAUUUAUGUAGUUUGACUACUUAAGGGGUAAUUUGGGGUGGCUGCAAUUUUCGGCUGAUAUUUUAGCACCCAUGCGAAACAUUUCGGAAAUCUAGAUCCAGUUGAUUUUUUAUUUUUUAUUUCGUUUCUCGAAAAACGUUCGGAUCUUCAGGUGCACAAAUUAAGCUUGUGCGUAGUAAUUAAAAAUUAUGAUUAUUUUUAAAAAAGUGUAAAAUAUUUGUGAAUUAAUUUUAGAAUGAAUUGUAAAUACGAAAUUUUUUUUUUUGUGUCAGUCAUAAAAAGUUCUUCCUCUUAUAGGUAUUACUGAUUAUUUAUUAAAUAAUUAAUAAAUUAAUUAAUAGCAUAAAUUAAAAAAAAAUGCUAUUAUUUAUAGAUUAUAUAUUAUAUACACAUUUAUAUACGAGAUAUAUAUAUUUAUUAUUGCGUUAUACAUUUAUAAUAUUUAUUGCAUAUUUGUAACGGAUAAGCACAAAAAAUAAAUACGUUGAUAUUGUUGACAAGACUCACAUUUUAAUCGUUAUAUUUAUAUUAAUAUAUAUAUUUAAUAUUUAUAACAA